CAUCAGCAGCAGCGGCGGCAGCAGCGCUGCUUCUUGAUGUUGUGGUCGGAAAUACGCAUGCGCCCGGCAUUGGAAUUACUGCACUGGCAAGAAUAAGUUGGGCAUCGUCUGUCUUCACUAAAAGAAAAAAGGCACUAGAUAAGUAUGGCAGUGUUCAGAAUACGAAGAAUGACGUGUUUUCGGGUUUGGCUGUUCCCGCUCGUCGUGGCCGCGCUGUGCGCCCAAAGUGCCGGUGUCAGUGACCCUAGCAAUAUGUCUUUGGUUAAAGAGACGGUUGAUAGACUGCUGAAGGGUUAUGAUAUACGAUUGAGGCCGGAUUUCGGAGGUCCUCCGGUUGGAGUGGGCAUGAACAUAGACAUAGCCAGCAUAGACAUGGUGUCAGAAGUCAACAUGGACUACACUCUGACCAUGUACUUCCAGCAGGCCUGGAGAGACAAGCGUCUGUCCUACUCGGAGAUUCCCCUCAACCUGACCCUGGACAACAGAGUGGCCGACCAGCUCUGGGUCCCUGACACCUACUUCCUGAACGACAAGAAGUCCUUCGUCCACGGAGUCACGGUGAAAAACAGAAUGAUCCGACUGCACCCGGACGGCACCGUCCUGUACGGCCUGAGGAUCACCACCACUGCCGCCUGCAUGAUGGACCUGAGAAGAUAUCCACUGGACGAGCAGAACUGCACGCUGGAGAUAGAGAGCUACGGUUACACCACAGACGACAUUGAGUUCUACUGGCGAGGAGGCGACAACGCCGUCACUGGGGUGGACAAGAUUGAGCUUCCUCAGUUCUCCAUCGUGGACCAUAAGCUCAUAUCUAAGAACGUCGUCUUCUCCACAGGUGCUUAUCCUCGUCUGUCCCUGAGUUUCAAGCUGAAGAGAAACAUCGGGUACUUCAUCCUGCAGACGUACAUGCCGUCUAUACUCAUCACCAUCCUCUCCUGGGUCUCCUUCUGGAUCAACUAUGACGCUUCUGCUGCCAGAGUGGCUUUAGGUAUCACAACGGUGCUUACCAUGACGACCAUUAACACGCAUCUGAGAGAAACCCUGCCUAAAAUCCCCUACGUCAAGGCCAUAGACAUGUACCUCAUGGGCUGCUUUGUCUUUGUCUUCCUGGCCCUGCUGGAGUACGCCCUGGUCAACUACAUCUUCUUCGGACGGGGGCCUCAGCGCCAGAAGAAGGCGGCAGAAAAGACCACCACGGCCAACAACGAGAAGAUGAGGAUGGAUCCAAACAAGUGGCUGGUGGGGAACGUCGUUGGCAGAGAUGACACUUUAUAUGCAAGAAUGAAACAAAGGGAUCUUGAUGGUCAUGACACAAUGUGGGAACCGAUCUUUGUGGAUGAUGCUGCGAUCGGGCUGGGUGAUCAAAAAAACAAGACAAACGUGAGUCUUUCCUUUGGGCAGAUGGACCCACAUGAAAACAUCCUUCUGGGCACAUUCGACAUCAAGAACGACAUGGGCGUUUCGGAGCUGGCUUUGGGUCUCAACGACCCACGAAACACCAUGCUGACGUACGACAGCUCGACGCUGCAGUACCGCAAGGCCGGGCUGGCCAGGCACAACUUUGGGCGCAACGCGCUGGAGCGGCACAUGACUCAAAAGAAGAGCCGCCUACGAAGGCGCGCGUCGCAGCUGAAGAUCACCAUCCCAGACUUGACUGACGUAAACUCUAUCGACAAAUGGUCGAGGAUGAUCUUCCCAACCGUUUUUUCCUUCUUCAACAUCGUUUACUGGCUUUACUAUGUCAAUUAAAAAGAAAAACAAAGGACAUGCGUGUGGGGGAGAACUAACAGCAAAACAUGUUGCUAAUUUCCUGUUGGUUUGUUGGUUUGUUUUUAUGUGAUGUUGUAACACUGAACUGAUUUACUUCUGUAUAUUCACCACAUCUUUGAAUAUCACAUUUGGAAAACCAUGUGAAAACCUUGUAGAAGAGAGUUUACAAACAUAAAAGGUGCCUGUUCCCAAGUAAUUGUCUAAAACUUUACAAAACAUAUAUCUUUGUUAUUUUUUUAAAUGUUUACGUUUGUGUUUUUAUGCUUUACUAUGUUACAUAUACUUAUAGUGAUACUAUAAGUAUCAUAUAUCACUGAUUUGACUCAACCUAAAAGUACUUUAGUUUCAGAUCCAAGUUAUGCGUGAUUGUGUCAAACAAACAAAAACCUUUUCUAGAAAUAGAUGAACUAUAAAAAUCUGAAUUUCAUUAUUUACAAUAUUAUGUAUUGUGGAAAGUUUUACAGCAUAACAGAAAUAUUAAGUAAUUAUUUUGUCUCAGUUUACAAACUAUUAAAUGUCAUUAGAUAAAAACAGCCAAGUUCACUCUAAAUCAGACUGCACUCAAUAUAUAAUAUGUUAAAUAUGAUGAUAUUAUCUUUAAUAAUCCACUGUGUAAAGGAGAGACAGCAUAAAAUAUUUCUUUUGGCUUUACUUACCUAUUAUCAUAUUUACUAAUAUAUUUUACCCAGCACAUAAAAAGGAUGUGUGUCUUUGGGAUUUAGUAGUUUAGCCUUGUAAAUACCACAUGUAAAGUAUUUUCUAAAAAGGGAAGAUACAAGCUAGAAAUUCCCAGUUUUUGCUUCCUAUUUUGACUUUCUUGGAUAGAUAUUUGAAACACUGCUGACAAUGUCCACAAGUGCAAAAAAGACACUAUUGUGUAUGAUAAUUCAUUCAUAAAUCAUGAUGAACACCUAUAGCGAAGCGUCCACAGGAACAGGAACGAAGCAAAAGCACAAAUAUCAUCGAAUAUCAGGUCCUGACAGUUAUUUUAAUAGGGGUUUUUGUGCAGAUGAUGAUUCUCUUUUUUUAAUCUUUAUAUACUGUAUCUGCCUCCCUGAUCAGAUCAUAUGUACGCAUCAUCUCCAGACUGAAAAAUAAUUGGUUGAUUAUUCUAAAAAACAAAGCCGUGGAUCCAAAAUGGAGAGUUUAUUGGUUAAUUAACUGUAGUAAUGAUACUGUGCAUUUGGUUGAUUUUGUAAAGACUUUGCACACACACCUUAAGCCAUACAGGCUGUACCGUAGUUCACUGAAUACCUGGUGCUUAUGGGGGCCACUUUAAGAGGAACCUUAUUAAUAUGACUAUGAGAACAGUUUAGGCUUCAUUUAAAAGUGUAACAUGUAACUAGGGCUGCGAUACACAAGUGUCAUAUUCUCCUCCCCACAAAUUUGCCUCACUGUGUAUGAAUGAACUGUGACGUUCGAGCCUCUGCCUCAAUACCAAAUCUUUCAUCAAAGCGUGAGAUGUAGACUGUCGCUUAAAAGAAAAUACACAAGUUGUGUCCAGGGAUGAUACAAACUCGAAUCAAAGCUGAGAAGGUCUGACAGUUCCUUUGUCUCGAAUGGAUUAGUCAUCGUUUCUCCUCACCGGCCAUUUCCUUUGGUUGUGGAGAUUUGGGCACUUCUUAGGUCUCACUGCAUGCUCUGUACAGUAAAAGCUCCUUGAUAUUGUGUUUCUCUUCACACCUCUGUCAACGAACCGUUUCGUUUCAUUAGUGUCUUUAUGUUCGAUACAAUUUAACACAUGUCAAAUAAGCAAACAAGAAAACGUAUUUAAACUAUUUGAUUGUUUUCAGAUAUUGAUAUUAAAUGUGUUUACGUUCCCAUUUUAGCGCCAUCCAUUAACAGGAGUAAACGCAGUCCAGUAACAUCACUCACAAAAAUACUCAGUAUAUUGUAAGCUGCACAUAGUCAUCAUCUUUUGUUUGGGGUAUUGUGGUAACCAUGACAACAGAAAUCCUCAUCUUUCAUUUUAUUUUUGUAUGUAAAUUUAACGAGGGUUUCAGAUAGCGAUGUGUUAUCAAACAGUCAGCUGGUGGGUAAAAUGUUCUUUAGAUGAGUUGGAACAUGACACAUGUAAAUAAACGCGCAAGAUUUCUAUGAAGAGACAUUUUGAGUUGUAUUUAUAAUGUAAUGUGAGGAGAAUGAAGAGGAUGAUGAGAAACUAUGUAAAUAGUCUAUUUUGCAGUGUCACUUGACUUCUCAUUUAUGUUGCGCUCUUUCUCCAAACACAUUUCUUUGGUUUUGCCAAACUUCGAACAUGUUUUCAUGAAUGUAGUUGAUGAUCCUUUGCAGCAUGUGUUCGCUGUAAUGCGUCAGCAAAAGUAUAACAAUUUCUCGCACCAAUGAUCAGCUAGAAAGAGCUUAAUGUAAGAAACACGUCCAAACACACAAAGGCAGACACACACCGGGCUGGGGAACAGGCAAAUCAGCCCGGAGUUUAACCAUCUCAGGUCAACACAACUCACACAACUCAAACCCAAGAAUUGUACUUAGGGAAAAGAACGUGUGUGUUUCUAGUGAGAGUCGCUUGCUACGUGGAAUCCAGUCACCACAGUCAUAGACGGUCUCCUCUGCGCUGACACAAGGCAUUGCCGCGUUUUUAGAAACGAUACUGAAUCCACCUCCGCUGCAGCCACGUCCCAACCGACACACUCCAGACGCAUGCAUCAUAUCUGUGUGUGGUAUAACAUGAAGUAAGUAAGUGCGGGAGCGUGGUGGGUUUAUGUUGGCCAGACGCACACUGGCAACAAACAAGGACGUUACUUUCAAACGUGUGUGUGCUUCACAGCGCUUUUUGUUUCAUUUGUUUGCUCCUAUGUUGAACAAUGUCAUUUGAGAAUCCAGUAUUGCCAAAUUUUGCAUUUGUUUUACACAGACGUCUCCUCCAAGGGUUCUGACGACAUUUAUGCUGAUUAAAAUCCUUUCGUAGUCCCUUGUAUAGAGUUUGAAAUUGUAAAUGGAUGGAAACUGGCUUUUUACUCAUUCCUGGAAAGCAAAGGUUUUGAUCAUAUAUUGAUCAUGCAGCAGAGUUUCCUCCGGAGGGCAAGGACCGACUGACAUCCAAAAGCCUAUAGGACACACCUUGGUGACAGUGUAUGUUUGCACACACUCACAGAAGAAGCCUUAGCCUCCUGCUGCCCUGGACUUUACUCCAAACAGCAGCAAUCCUUCCUCCCCUUCAGCAACCUCCACCUUGAAAGAAUCCUUGUAUGUGCCACUGACAAGAACAUUCCCAGAAACCCUGAGCUGUAACCUUCUUAAAGAUAAGCCCUGUAAAAGUCCGUGUCUGUCUUUGCUAUGAAAACCUAUGGAAAUCAAUACAUUAUCAAUAAAUAUUGUAUACAGUUCUGAA